AUGACCUCUAAUUUAAAAUUAAAUUUACGAAAUAAUAAUGAUUCAAUACUAAUUCAAGCUUCCGAAAUUGGAUUCAUGAAAAACGAAGCAUCAAUAGCUUUUCGUAAUAGUAAUAUUCUUCUCAUUACAGUUCUACCUGGUUUUACUCAAUGUAAUAAUGAGAAUGUUUUAGCAUUAUUAGAACUUUAUGGUCAAUCACCAAAAGAAAAUUUAUUUUGUACAAUAUUUAAUAUUUGUAAUUCAACAGAGAGACAAGAUCCAAAUGUAAAAGGAUGGUUUGUUACUCGAGAUAAUGUUUCAUUUACUCCUGAUUUAUUAAAUUUUGAUGAAAGAAUUCCAAAUCUAAUUCCCUAUCUUGAUUAUAAAAAUUUAUUGAAUACAUCGAUUAAUCCCUCCACAAUGGUUAUAUUUGAAUCUUUCUUGCACAUAUCGAAAAAUGAACAAAUCAAUUGGAAUGUUAUUGAAGGUUGGGAAUGGAGAGAUGAACAUUGUUUAGAUUUAUUAUAUGAAAAAUUCAAUAAUGCUACAGAUUUCGAUUAUGCUUAUCGUUAUUUUACUAAUCAUUGUUAUCAAGAUAUUCAACAUUUGAAAAAUUUAAUUGAACUACUACUUUGUUCAGUAGGAAACUGUCCUGAAGUUGUUCUUAUGGAUAUCGAUUUAACUUAUCUUACGUAUGAAUUUAAUUGGUUUGGAAUAUGA